UGCCGGAAAAAAGAGAGAGGAAAAAAAAGGACGCGAAGAGAACAAAAGAAGCAGAGGCACGAAGAAGACAGACUUGCAAGUUCUGAAGUCUCCAAUUACACUUUCAAUCUCGCUCUCGCUUUCUCCUUCUGAAAUCUUCUGUUUAUGGAAGGAGACAAUCAUCAGAGGUAGCGUUUUCCUAUGCAUCCAAAGCCAUCAAGUCAAGGAGAUGGGUCAAUUACUAAGCCAGUCAGAAGUAGUGAUCGGCUUAGGAGGCGGCCCAAAAUGUAUGGUCGCUCGUACUAUUAUUACUCUCCAACCAUCUUACAUACUAGGAAAAGAAAGACGAAGACAAGAACUGCAGCCUCACAGAUUGCCAAGAUGCUGCAUAAAGGGAACCACCCACGGGCAUCAAAUGCUAGUCCAAUCGCGACCAACCUUCGUCGGUCCACAAGGAAGAGAAGAGUUUCUGUAAAUCUUGAAGAUUACACUGACAGCUCUGGAGCAGAGGAUGAAGACUUAAUGAGGCCAACAUAUCGAACCAUGAGGACUAGGGUCAACAAUGGCAUUGGCCGUGACUUUCCACCUUCAAAAAGUAGAAAGACCAUGAAAACUGAGUAUGCACCACGACGUGAAGGGCUCCGACCUCGCCGUUCAAAGAUAGUUGCUAAUAAACGACUGAAAUUAGAAUCUGCAGCCGAUCAAGAUAGUUCAGAAGAGAAUGAUGGUCAUGAUGAGACAGAGAAUGGGAAUGAGAUAGAUGAGAACGAUGCAGAUGAUGGUGAAAAUGAAGAUGAGGCUAAUGGCGAAGAUGAGGGUGAUGGCGAAGACGAGGGUGAUGGUGAAGAUGAGGGUGGUGAGGAUGAGGGAGAGGGAGAGGAAGAUGGUGAUGAUGAAGAUGGUGAUGAGGAGCAGGAGGGAAAGAAGAGAUAUGAUCUUCGGAACCGUGCUGAUGUACGCAGGAUGUCUGCGGAAGAGGUUAAUAAGCAGCAAGCUAGAUCUCCUCGGAGAGUAUUACAUCAGGGCAUGGGUUCCAGGGUUGGAAGGGAUGUCAGGAGAGGUGGAUCUCGGCUUCACAAGCGCCACCGUUUUACAAGAACAGAUGAUUCAGAUGAUUCCCUUCUUGUGGAUGAGUUGGAUCAGGGGCCUGCUAUUCCCUGGGGACGAGGUGGAAAUAGAUCUGGACCACCUUGGUUAUUUGGAGGAUUGGACAUGUAUGGGGGGUCACCUUCACUGGGAUUGAAUGUCGCAGCUUCUGGUUGGGGUCACCAGAGUGAUGCAUUGGCUACAUUAUCUUCUGGAGUUCAGACGGCUGGGCCAAGCUCUAAGGGAGGCGCAGAUAUUCAGCCAUUGCAGGUUGAUGAGAGUGUAAGUUUUGAUGAAAUUGGAGGACUGUCGGAAUACAUCAAUGCUUUGAAGGAAAUGGUUUUCUUUCCAUUGCUGUAUCCAGAUUUCUUCUCAAGUUACAGCAUCACUCCUCCCAGAGGUGUACUCCUAUGUGGUCCUCCAGGCACUGGGAAAACAUUGAUCGCCCGAGCAUUAGCAUGUGCUGCUUCAAAAGCUGGGCAGAAGGUUAGCUUUUAUAUGCGAAAGGGUGCUGAUGUUCUUAGCAAGUGGGUUGGUGAGGCCGAAAGACAACUUAAGCUACUUUUUGAGGAGGCUCAGCGAAAUCAGCCUUCGAUAAUCUUUUUUGAUGAAAUAGAUGGUCUUGCUCCUGUGAGAUCUAGCAAACAAGAGCAGAUACACAAUUCCAUUGUUUCAACUUUACUGGCAUUGAUGGAUGGUCUGGAUUCUCGUGGUCAAGUUGUUCUCAUUGGAGCGACAAACAGGGUAGACGCAAUAGAUGGAGCCUUGCGCCGCCCUGGCAGAUUUGAUCGAGAGUUCAACUUUCCUUUACCAGGUUUUGAAGCACGUGCUGAAAUAUUGGAUAUCCACUCUCGUAAGUGGAAGCAUCCUCCUUCAACCGAACUGAAGAAAGAACUGGCAGCCACUUGUGUGGGGUAUUGUGGUGCUGAUCUAAAAGCUUUGUGUACUGAAGCUGCCAUUCGUGCUUUCCGGGAGAAAUAUCCCCAAGUUUACACCAGUGAUGAUAAAUAUCUAAUAGAUGUUGAUUCGGUUAAGGUGGAAAAGUGCCACUUUAUAGAGGCAAUGUCGGCUAUUACUCCUGCUGCCCAUAGGGGGGCUGUUGUGCACUCCAGGCCACUCUCUUUGGUGGUGUUGCCGUGUCUACAACGACAUCUCCAGAGAGCCAUGAGUCUUAUAUCUGACAUAUUUCCUUCCUCGGCCGUGUCGUCGGAGUUAAAUAAGUUGUCAAUGCUUUCAUAUGGGUCGGCAAUCCCUCUUGUUUAUCGUCCUCGGCUUCUGCUUCUAGGUGGUGAAGGAGCUGGGCUGGAUCAUCUUGGGCCUGCAAUUCUGCAUGAGCUAGAGAAACUUCCUGUUCAUUCUCUUGGUCUUCCUUCUCUUCUAUCGGAUCCUAGUGCAAAGACGCCAGAGGAAGCGUUGGUACAUAUAUUCGGGGAAGCUAGGAGAACAACACCUUCGAUACUUUACAUGCCAAUGUUCAAUAAUUGGUGGGACAACGCGCAUGAUCAACUUAGGGCUGUCUUCCUGACUUUGUUAGAAGAAUUACCAUCGGAUCUGCCCAUACUUUUGCUUGCUACAUCUUAUGGUGAACUAUCUGAGAUGGAAGAGCAGCCAGUAUUUAACAACCGUUCUAUAUAUUCUGUGGACAAACCAUCAAAGGAAGACAGGUCUUUGUUCUUUGACCGUGUGAUUGAAGCUGCUUUCUCAGUCAUUUCAGAGAACCUCAUUGGCAAACCUGAUGGUCCGGACCAUCCUCCUGAACUUCCCAAGGUGCCAAAAGCACCAAGUGGUCCAAAGCCCUCGGAGAUAAAAGCCAAGGUGGAAGCAGAGCAGCAUGCCCUUCGACGUUUACGGAUGUGUCUCAGGGAUGUUUGCAACCGGAUAUUAUAUGAUAAAAGAUUUACUGCAUUCCACUACCCAGUCUCAGAUGAGGAUGCUCCUAACUAUCACUCUGUAAUUCAAAACCCGAUGGAUAUGGCAACUCUGCUGCAACGUGUCGAUGCCGGUCAAUUAAUCACAUGUUCAGCCUUCUUGCAAGACAUCGAUCUCAUUGUGAACAAUGCAAAGGUAUACAAUGGAGAUGAUUACACCGGGUCAAGGAUUGUCAGUAGAGCUUAUGAGCUCCGAGAUGUGGUACAUGGGAUGGUGUCACAGAUGGAUCCGGCACUGGUAACGUUUUGUGAUAAGAUAGCCGCAGAAGGAGGUCCAUCACAAAUACCGGAUGAUAUGGGAGGAUCUAUCCUUGCUUUAGCUCCUGUUGUGCAGAUGGGUACUGCCAUUAGGGCCAGUGCUCGUCUUCGGAAUGUGCAACCAGAUGUUAAUUUAGAUCAAAGUUACGAAACUCUGAGAAAGCCCAAGAGAAACUCUGAUAAUUCCUAUGCAGUUUCAUCAGCAGAAAAACUGCUGGACCAAGAGUCGGGCCAAGCAGAAACAGUUUGCGAGCCAACGACGGUCAAUUCAUCAGCCCCUCCUUCGGCUGACGGCGUUGAACUCGGGGCCGACCCGAGAGAAGGGGAAGAAGCUUCUGAAGAUGGCAAAAUUUCGACGCAAAUGGAGAAUGUGAAGGCACUUUUGUUAGAGCGUAGCGAAAACUACGGAAUUCCGCAGCUGGAGAGGCUCUACACAAGAAUCAUGAAGGGUGUUUUGGAGAUAAAGGACAAAGGGUUUGGUCGUGAUGAUGAUCCCAAGUAUUCAAUUUUGAGAUUUUUGUCGGAAUUUGCUCAGAAUCUGGCAAAUUUCUGAAUCUUUUUAACUCGUAACAACAGAAGGAUUAUUAGGUUUGUUUUUGAAGAACAAAAGAAAGGAGCGACGGAGUUUUACGGAUUCGUUUUGAUUAAAAAACACUAAACCCUAAAAUUAUCAAUGCACACAAUGGGAAAUCAUUGGUUAA